GAAAGCUAAAGUCUGUACAAACGGAAAACAUUUUCUGAUCUCCUUUUAUUGUUAUUCCUCUUCUUAUUUCUUCCUUAAUAUGUAGUCCCUAUAUUCUGUUUAUAAGAUCUGGUUUCUCAAUAUAUGAAUAUUAGCUCUGAGUACUUCUUUACUUUUCACUUACCCUAAAAAACCCAUUUAUUCCCUUUUCACCAAUCUUCUUUAAAUCUUCUCAACUAUUCGAUAUUGAUCUUCUUGUGGAUCUUCUCCUUCGUUGCUUUAAUAUUUUGUUUUUGGACUGUUUUUAUAGCUUUACUUCACAAAUAAAGAAAGGAGUUGAGGGUUAGUUUAAAUUUAAGUUUCUAUAGCUAGGAACUUUGUUUUAUUAUAUCGGAUAUUAUUGUUUGAUAAUUCAUAAAGAAAGAAGCAGAUGUGCAGCAGGGGCCAUUGGAGGCCUCAGGAAGACCAGAAGCUUCGGGAGUUAGUGGAAAAAUAUGGACCUCAUAAUUGGAAUGCUAUAGCAGAAAAGCUUCAAGGAAGAUCAGGGAAGAGUUGUAGGCUGAGAUGGUUCAAUCAAUUGGAUCCAAGAAUCAACCGAAACCCUUUCACAGAGGAGGAAGAAGAAAGGCUUCUUUCUGCUCAUCGGAUUCAUGGCAAUCGAUGGGCAAUAAUAGCGCGUCUAUUCCCUGGUCGGACUGAUAACGCUGUCAAAAAUCAUUGGCACGUAAUUAUGGCACGAAAAUGCAGAGAACGGUCCAAGAUUUAUACAAAAAGAGCUGUCGCUGCUGCUCAUAAAAAAUCAAUGAGCAAUGAGCAAGAAUCGUCGUCGUCAAGACAGCAAGAUAAUUAUAUGCAAAUAAGUAAUGAGAUCAUGAUAACAAGGAGAUUCAACCCUUUUGUUGAUGAUCAGCAGUUUUCAGAAAGAUUUGCUUAUCCUAAUUUAAUAUACAACUAUUCCUUUUAUCCGAAGCUGCUUCACAAUGACUAUCUUUUUCAUCAUGCAAAGAUGGAUCAAGUUUUAUGUACAGAUGAAAACCAACCAACGGAAUUCUAUGACUUUCUACAAGUGAAUACUGACUCUAACAAGAGUGAGGUGAUAGACCAUACGUCUAGAAUAAGAAAUGAUGAGGAAAUUGAACAGGAAGCUGUUGAUCUUCAUCAGAGCGCACAAUUCAUAGAUUUCUUAUCAGUUGGAGACUCAGCAUAAACUUGUAUAUAUCAAGAAAAAUCCUCUAGUUUAGAACAUAUGUAUAAUGCUCUGAUCUUUACUGUGAAAUCCUAGAGAUUUCUGCAUGGAUGAAGUUCCAGAAUAUUCCAAUAUAAUUGUAUUAGAAAAACAAAAGAUUAACUUUUAGAUCUAUAAAAAUGAUCUUGUUCAUGUAAUUCAAACAAUUGAGACGCUACCAGGUUAGUUGAAAAACAAUUACAAGUAUUUGUGUGUAUUAUUAAAUACACGUUAAAUGGUAUCAAAUUUUAUGUC